AUGGUUCAUACUAGGAGCGGUGAAGAUCCACAAGAGCGUGAAUGGACUUUCAUUCAUAGAGGGAAUCCUCAACCAGUUACCAUGGAAGCUAUUAAGAAGAUUAUUGAAGAGUUAAAAGAAGAGAAAUCUCAAAAGAUGAAUUGGUUCUUGGAUGCUCAUCCGGGAGAACCCGAACAACCUCCAAUGAUCGAAGAUGUUACACCGUCUGUUGCGGGUGCACCAUCUGCUACGAGUGCACUAUCUGCUGCAGGUUGUCGGGGGUGCACCAUCUUUCAUUGGUGCACGAACAAUUAUCAACCUAUCCGUACCUCAAGGGUCCUAAUAUGUUGCACAUCCUCCAAUACGCUCGAAGAAAGGAUGCUUUUUCAAGUUAUUUAUGGUGUGCAAGUCGAGUGA